AUUCACUGUCGGCAACAUUCAGAGGAAGACGCACGAGCUCCUCCGCCGCAGCGCGCAUCGUUCACCGGCCGAUCUUCGCUUUAACGGACUCUUGUCACCGGACUGCCGACAUGUUGGCCACCAUCGCCAAACAGCUCAGGAGCCAUCCAGCUCUCAUCCCCCUCUUCAUCUUCAUCGGUGGCGGGGCAACCAUGAGCAUGCUGUACUUGGCUCGGCUGGCUCUGAGAAACCCUGCUGUCUCAUGGGAUCACAAGAACAACCCAGAGCCCUGGAACAACCUGCCGCCCGAUCAUCAGUACAAACUCUUCUCCAUUAACACUGAUUACUCCAAGCUGAAGAAGGACAGGCCUGAUUUCUAAGUCACUGUGUCUUCGCACCUCCGUCUCUGAUAUUGUCGUCAGUGUGGGGAGCCGCUGCACCUUUUGCUGAAUAGAAAACCAACUCAUGAAAUUGAAUGAAGAGACGCACUGCGCGCUGAACUCAUUCAGUCAAUUAAUUUCCAAUGUGAAGGGGGAAAGGGAUCAUUCACUUAUCAGUGACUACAUGAAUAAAACAGGCAGCCACCUGUUUUUACUAAUUAAAGUAUUUAUCUUUGACUUUGUGUUAAUUAUUAAAACUAUUGCAAUCUCA